AUGGCUCGAUCACGGAGCACAUUCGCCUUGGGCCUCGGGCUCCUUUGUUGGAUCACUCUUCUCUUCUCUCCCUUGGCCUUCGUCAAGUCUGUUCAGGCUGAUGACACUGAUAGCUAUGGCACCGUUAUUGGUAUUGAUCUGGGUACGACUUACAGCUGCGUCGGUGUGAUGCAGAAGGGCAAGGUCGAAAUUCUCGUCAACGAUCAGGGUAACCGAAUUACUCCUUCCUAUGUCGCCUUCACCGAUGAGGAGCGUCUGGUUGGUGACUCGGCCAAGAAUCAGGCCGCCGCCAACCCCACGCGAACCAUCUUUGACAUCAAGCGUUUGAUUGGUCGAAAGUUCAGUGAGAAGGACGUUCAAGCCGAUGUCAAGCACUUCCCCUACAAGGUUGUCUCCAAGGAUGGCAAGCCUGUCGUCAAGGUCGAUGUCAGCGGAUCUGAGAAGACUUUCACUCCUGAGGAGAUUUCCGCCAUGGUUUUGGGUAAGAUGAAGGAGGUCGCCGAGUCCUACUUGGGCAAGAAGGUCACCCACGCCGUUGUUACCGUCCCCGCCUACUUCAAUGACAACCAGCGCCAGGCUACCAAGGAUGCCGGUGUCAUCGCCGGUCUCAAUGUCCUCCGAAUUGUCAACGAGCCCACCGCCGCCGCUAUCGCCUACGGCCUGGAUAAGACUGAGGGCGAGCGCCAGAUCAUUGUCUACGAUCUUGGUGGUGGUACCUUCGAUGUCUCUCUUCUGUCCAUUGACCAGGGUGUUUUCGAAGUCUUGGCUACUGCUGGUGACACCCAUCUUGGUGGUGAGGAUUUCGACCAGCGCCUCAUCAACCACUUCGCCAAGUCCUACAACAAGAAGAACGGCGUCGAUAUUACCAAGGACCUCAAGGCCAUGGGUAAGCUCAAGCGUGAAGCCGAAAAGGCCAAGCGCAGUCUGUCUUCUCAGAUGAACACUCGCAUUGAGAUCGAGGCCUUUUUUGAGGGCAACGACUUCUCUGAGACCCUUACCCGCGCCAAGUUCGAGGAGCUCAACAUCGAUCUCUUCAAGAAGACCCUGAAGCCUGUCGAGCAGGUUCUCAAGGACGCCAACGUCAAGAAGACUGAGAUUGACGACAUUGUCCUCGUCGGUGGUUCCACUCGUAUCCCCAAGGUUCAGGCUCUUAUUGAGGAGUACUUUGGUGGCAAGAAGGCCUCCAAGGGUAUCAACCCCGAUGAGGCUGUCGCUUUUGGUGCCGCUGUCCAGGCUGGUGUUCUUUCCGGAGAGGAGGGUACCGAGGAGAUCGUUCUCAUGGAUGUCAACCCUCUGACUCUUGGUAUUGAGACCACUGGUGGCGUCAUGACCAAGCUGAUUCCCCGCAACACCCCCAUCCCUACUCGCAAGAGCCAGAUCUUCUCUACCGCUGCCGAUAACCAGCCCGUGGUCCUGAUCCAGGUCUACGAGGGUGAGCGAUCUCUUACCAAGGACAACAACCUUCUUGGCAAGUUCGAACUUACUGGCAUCCCCCCCGCGCCCCGUGGCGUCCCCCAGAUUGAGGUCUCUUUUGAGCUUGAUGCCAACGGUAUCCUCAAGGUCUCUGCCCACGACAAGGGCACUGGCAAGCAGGAGUCCAUCACCAUCACCAACGACAAGGGCCGUCUUACUCAGGAGGAAAUUGACCGCAUGGUUGCUGAGGCUGAGAAGUACGCCGAGGAAGACAAGGCUACCCGUGAGCGCAUUGAGGCUCGCAACGGUCUUGAGAACUACGCCUUCAGCUUGAAGAACCAGGUUAACGACGCCGAGGGUCUCGGUGGCAAGAUCAGCGACGAGGAGAAGGAAACUAUUCUGGAUGCCGUCAAGGAGGCUACUGAGUGGCUCGACGAGCACGGCACUGACGCUUCCGCUGAGGACUUUGAGGAGCAGAAGGAGAAGUUGUCCAACGUCGCCUACCCCAUCACUUCCAAGAUGUACGGCGGUGCCCCUGGUGGCGAGAAGGAGGCGGAGGGUGAUUUCCACGACGAAUUGUAA